GCCCGGGACGGGACCCGGAUCCGGACCCCGCCGCCGCCACCACGACGACGGCCGCCCCGGCCUCGAACCGAAGAGGCGUCGCCGCCGCCACCCCUUCUCCCACCGUGGCCGCGGCGGAGCGCGCCAGGACCCCGGCAGCCUGGCGAGGAGCUCCCCCGCGGUAGCGCCUGCCCGGGAUGGACCCUCGGAACUGUGCCAUGUUAGGCCUGGGCUCGGCGGACGCGGAAGGGUUCCCCAGGAAGGGCCCCGGGGCCGCCGCCGGCUCGGGCCCCGGCCCCUCGGGCGGCAGGAGGGAGGCCGAGCGCCCGGAGGACGCCUGGGGCCGGGGCGAGGCGGGGCGGGGGCCCGACGGGCCCGAGGCCGAGGCGCCCCCGCAGUUCUCCGUCAAGGAGACCAACUUCUCCGAGGGGAACCUGAAGCUGAAGAUCGGCCUGCAGGCCAAGAGGACCAAGAAGCCGCCCAAGAGCCUGGAGAACUACGUGUGCCGUCCGGCCGUCCGGGCCACCGGACGCCAGCCCAGGAAGCCGCUCAAGGGCGGCAAGGCCGGCGACGACCGGGCCGAGCCCGGCCCCGCCAAGCGGGACCCGGCCAAGCCGUUCCGGAAGGCGGACGAUGGUCCGGUCGCCGAGAGCCUCCACCGCCACCCGCCGGCCGAGGCCCCCUCCGCUCCCCGGAAACCGUCUCCCCUCCGCGCCGAGAUGGCCGACGGCCCCAAGGCGGGGCCGCCGCCGCCCGCCUCGGGGGGUAGCCGGGCGCCCCCCGACCCCAAAGAGCGGGCCUUGCCCAACGGCGCCGCCAGCGUCACGGAGAAGCUGGCCCAGCUCAUCGCCACCUGCCCCCCGGCCAAGUCAGCCAAGGCCAAGCCCAAGAAGGCGGCGCCCGGGCCGGCGGCCGGGGGGGCCGCGCCCGGCAAGGACCCGGCCAAGAAGCCGGCCGGCGGGCCUCCGGCCAAGGACCCCGGCAAGCGGGCCGGCCCGGGAGCGCCGGGGGGCUUGCCGGCCAAGGACCCCGGGAGGAAGCCGGGGCCCCCGUUCGUCGCCAAGGACCCGGCCCGCCGGGCCGGCCCCGCCCCGGCCGCCGGGCCGACCGGCAAGGAGCUGCCCAGGAAGCCCCCGGGCCUCGGGUCGGUCCCGGGACCCCCAGCCAAGGAGCCGGCCAGGAGGCCGGGGCUGGGCUCCCUGCUGGGCCUGGUGAGCCGCGAGCCGGGCAAGGGGCCGGCCCCGGCCCCGCCGCCCAAGGAGCCGGCGCGGAGGCCCCCGCCGGGCCCCGGCCCCGGCCCCGGCCCGGGUCCGGCCGCCGGGGACCCGGGCGGCCUCCAGGCCGAGCCCCCGGGGCCCGGCCCGGCCCCGCCGGCGGCCCACGGCCCGCCCGGCGCCGGCCUCGACGGCCCGGAGCCCGCCGGCUUCCCGGGCGAGGGGCCCCCCGGGGGCCGGCUCCCGGACAGGUCGGCGGCCGGCCGGCCCUUCCGCGACCGGGGCGGGGGCCCGGAGGCGGGCAGGCCGGAGAAGCCGUCGGCCGUCUACUGCACGUCCCCGGACUUCCGCCCGGGGGGCGCCUCCGACGCCUCGUCCGCCAAAUCCCCCUUCAGCGCCGCGGGGGAGGGCAGCCUGCCCUCGCCCGCCCCGGCCGUCUCGGUGGCCGCCCUGAGCCGGACCCCCGCGGGGGCGGCCCCGGCCCCGCCGCCCCCGGUCCCGCCGCCGCCGGGCCCCUCGGCGGAGGCGCCCGAGGGGGUCUCGGAGGCCGGGGCGGCGGGCAGGCGGCCCUUCUCCCCCGACCGCGUCCCCCCGGCCCACCGCCCGCGGGGCCACGGCCCCCCGGGCUCGGACGAGGGCCCCCGGGCCGGCUCCGUGCUGGGCAAGGAGGCGGGGCCGGUCGGGUUCGGCGGCCUGUUCGGCCCCAAGCCGCUGCGGGCGCUGGGGGCCCUGGGCGCCCUGGGGGCGGCGGCGGCGGCGGCCGAGAAGUGCUGCCCGGGGGCGGCCGGCGGCCUGCAGGCCAAGCCGCUGAAGAAGCGGAAGGGGCGGAAGCCGCGCUGGACCAAGGUGGUGGCCCGGGCCGCCUGCCGCUCGCCCAAGGCGCUGGAGCUGGACCGCGCCGAGCUCUUCCAGAGCGUGGCCCGCGCCGGCCGCCCCGGGCCGGGGGCCGGGCCCGGGGGCGGCCCCGACCCGGCCCCGUUCCUCAAGGGCCUGGGCCCGCCGGUCUUCGUGGAGCGCGACUUCUUCAAACACCGGCUGCCCAAGCUGAGCCCGGCCGGGCCGCCCGCCCACCGGCCCUUCGGCUCCCACAAGCUGCCGGCCGGGGUGCGCGUCUCGGCCGACCUGCUGCCGGAGCUCUACCGGCCCAAGCGGGGCCGGCCCCGGGCCCAGGACAUGCCCCAGCUGGAGGGGCCCCCGAAGCGGGCCCUCCGGGUGCCCGCCUCCAAGGUCUUCUCGCUGCCGGGGCCGCCCGCCAAGGAGGAGCCCGGCCCGCCCGUCCUGCAGCCCGAGAUCGAGAUCCCCAGCUUCGGGCCCCCGCCGCCCCCGCCCCCGCUGCCCCCGCCCCCGCCGGGCCUGGCGGGCUCCCCCUUCCCGAAGAAGCGGGGGCGGCCCAAGCGGCAGCUGCGGCCCCCGGCCCCGAGGCAGCCGCCGGUGCUGUCCAUGGCCCCCUUCGUCGGGGCCGAGGGCCCGGGCCCGCUGGACGUGGCCGACGGCUUCUUCGAGCGGGAGGACCGGCGGCGGGGGCCGGCGCUGGGGCCGGCGGCGGGCGGCGGCCUGGCCGGGGCGGGCCUGGCGGGGGACCCCGGCCCGCGGGUGGCCAAGCGGGCCCACGGCCAGCUGAUGAAGACCAUCGUCCGCAAGAUCAACAAGAUGAAGACGCUGAAGCGCAAGCGGCUCCUGACGCAGAUCCUGUCCAGCUCGGCGGCGGCGGCGGCCACGGCGGCGGCCGCGGCGGAGGCCGGGGGCCCGGGGGCGCCGGGGGGCCCCGGGGCCGCCCCGCCCCAGCUGCCGGGCCCCAUGUCCACCCUGGCGGCCACCUUCGGCUCCAAGCUGGGCCAGCAGAUCAACGUGAGCAAGAAGGGGACCAUCUACAUCGGCAAGCGGCGCGGCCGUAAGCCCAAGGCCCUGCUCAACGGCUUCCUGGCGGGCGGGCCGGGCCUGGGCCCCAUCCUCCUGCCGGGGGGCGGCGGCGGCCCGGGCCCCGAGGCCCUGCCCUCCCCGGGCCGCUCCCACUCGUCCGGGGCCAGCGGGGGCCAGAGCCCCGCCAGCAGCGACGCCGGCUUCGCCGAGCCGGGCCCCGUGCCCUUCCUGCACGGCCACGGCCGGCCGGCGGGCGGGCGCAAGGCGGCCCGGGCCCGGCGCCGCCUCUCGCCGCCCACCCUGCUGCCGCACUCGCCCCCGCCCCCCGCCCACCUCAGCGAGCUGGCCGCCCUCAAGGAGGCCACGCCCUCCCCGGCCAGCGAGGCCCACAGCGACGAGACGGCGCCCAGCGACAGCGGCAUCGGCACGGACAACAACAGCACCUCGGACCGGGCCGAGAAGGCGGGCGGCGCGCGGAAGCGGCGCCACUCCUUCGAGCACGCGGCCCUGCUGGUGCCCGAGGCGGCGGCGGCGGCGGCGGCGGCGGCCGCGGCCCUGGGCGGCCUGAAGGACAAGCACAAGCGGAAGCGGCGGGCCCACGACUACCUCGGCUACGACCAGCUCAAGCGGCAGAAGCGGAAACGCAAGAAGAAGAAGCGGCCGGCCCUGCGCGGCCGGCAGGACCCGGGCUUCCUGGCGGAGCUGGAGGAGCUGGCCGGCCGGCUGAGCGAGAUCCGCAUCACCCACCGCAGCCGCCUGCGCUUCGGCGCCGCCCGCCAGCCGCUGCCCACCAUCUUCCGCAUCAACUUCGGCAGCUUCUACCCGCCGCCGGCCUUCCCGCUGGACCCGCGGCGCUACGGCCGCGACGCCGACCCCAAGAGGAGACGGGGCCGGCCCGCCAAGGCGCGCCAGGCCGUGGCCGAGGUGCCCUUCCUGCCCGGCCUGAGCUUCCCGCUCUCCGGCGCCGGCUUCUACCCGUCCUACGGCCUGCCCUACUCGCCCUCGCCGCUGGCCUCCGCCCCGCUCGGCCUGGGCUACUACGGCCGCUACCCGCCGGCCCUCUACCCGCCCCCGCCCCCGCCGGCCGCCGCCCCGGCCCCGGCCCCGCCCCCGCCCCCUCCCUCGCCCUCCUUCCCCGCCCCCCUGGCCCCGCUGCCCCCGCCCUCCUACGUGCACGCCGGCCACCUGCUCCUCAACCCGGCCAAGUACCGCAAGAAGAAGCAUAAGCUGCUGCAGCAGCAGGAGGCCCUGCUGGCCGCCGCCGCCGCCGCCGCCGCGGCCGCCGCCGCCGGCCGGGGCCCCCUGCUCUCCGUGGGCGCCUACCCCGGCGUCCCGCCCGAGGUGGCCUACGGCUGGAUGGUGGAGCACAAGCACCGGCACCGGCACAAGCACCGCGACCACCGGACCGGGGACCCCCCGGGCCCGGGCCCGGCCGCCCCCCGGCCCGCCCUCGACGGCCUCCAGCGUUACCGCCUGGCCAAGGAGGGCCCCGGCGCCGAGCGCCACAGACACAAGGACGAGCACCGCUGGCACCUGGCCUGCCCCCACCUGGCCCGCCCCCCCCCGCCCCGCGGCCCGCUCGCCCGCGAGGACCCCUGGGCGGCCCGGGAGCCGGAGCCCGGGGCCCCGGCCCCGCCCCCGCCGUCGGACGGCGCCGAGGGCGGACCGGCCCGGGCCCCGGGCGCCUUCGCCCCCGCCGCGGGCGGCUGCGGCGGCGGCGCCGAGCCGCCCGGCGGCCCCGAGCACACGAACCUCUUCACAAGUGCAAUAGGCAGCUGCCGGGCCGCGGCGGGAGCCGUCGGCCGCAGGCGGAGCCCCGACGGCCCCGGCCUCUUCUCCGCCCAGGACGGCCCCCUGGCUCGGCCGGCGGGGAAGGAGCCGCCCCCGCCCGGCGGCGAGAGGACCCUGCGGGCGCUGGCAGCUCCCCCGACGGGCUCCCAGCCGGCCCUGGACAAAGCCCCGCCGCAGAGACCCUUGGACAACACCCAUGCCAGCCCCACCCGGAGGAGACCGUUGUCUGAGGGCCCGUCUUCCACAGGGCUCGGGGUCCUCCCGCGGAGCGGCCCGAGGCCCGGGGCGGCCGCCGGCGACCCGCCGGACGGCCUCCCGCAGCGGGCGGCCCCGCACGAGAGCCCGGACCCCGGGGCCGCCGCCGCCCCGGCCGCCCCCGGCGACGCCGGCGGGGACGGAGGCCGCCCCCCGCCCCAGCUGAAGCGGCGGGCCCCGGACCCCGGCCCGCCGCACGCCCGCAAGGUGGGCCACUUCGACAAGAUCCUGGCCACCAAGAAGAACCUGGACCACGUCAACAAGAUCCUGAAAGCCAAAAAACUGCAGAGGCAGGCCCGGACCGGGAACAACUUCGUCAAGCGCCGGCCGGGCCGCCCGCCCAAGUCCCCGCCCCGGCCCGGGGAGCCGCCGGCCGAGGGGCCGCCCGCCGCCGCCGCCGCCGAGCCCCGGCCGCACCCCGACACCGUCACCGACGUCAUCGAGGCCGUCGUGCAGAGCGUGGGGCGGAGCGGGGCGCCCGGCCCGGCCCCGGAGCCCGAGCCCGGCCGCGGCUGGAAGAGGAAGCAGUGGCCGCCGGACGAGGAGCAGCACGGCCGCAAGAGGCCCAAGCCGCUUCCCGAGGACGAGGAGGAGCGGGAGGCCGCCCCGAGCUUCCCCGGGUCGGCCGUCGCGCCGCCGAGCCCGGCCCCGGACGCCCCCGCCGAACCGCCUGAGCCCGAGGAGCCCCCGCCGCCGCCGCCGCCGCCCCCCCCCCCCCCGCCGCCCGCCCCGGUCCCGCGGGAGAAGAAGGCCCCGCGACCCCCGAAGAAGAAAUACCAGAAGGCCGGGCUCUACUCGGACGUCUUCAAAACCACCGACCCCAGGAGCCGCCUGAUGCAGCUGAAGAAGGAGAAGCUGGAGUACACCCCCGGGGAGCACGACCACGGCCUGUUCCCCGCCCCCAUCCACGUCGGCAAGUACCUGCGGCAGAAGCGGGUGGACUUCCAGCUGCCGUACGACACCCUGUGGCAGUGGAAGCACAACCAGCUCUACAAGAAGCCCGACGUCCCGCUGUAUAAAAAGAUCCGCUCAAACGUCUACGUGGACGUCAAGCCCUUCUCGGGCUACGAGGCCACCACCUGCAACUGCCGGAAGCCCGACGACGGCCACGGGGAGGGCUGCCUGGACGACUGUCUGAACAGGAUGAUCUUCGCCGAGUGUUCGCCCAACACGUGCCCCUGUGGGGAGCGCUGCUGUAACCAGCGCAUCCAGAGGCACGAGUGGGUGCAGUGCCUCGAACGCUUCCGGGCCGAGGAGAAGGGCUGGGGCAUCCGCACCAAGGAGCCCCUCAGGGCCGGCCAGUUCAUCAUCGAGUACCUGGGCGAGGUGGUCAGCGAGCAGGAGUUCAGGAACCGGAUGAUCGAACAGUACCACAACCACAGCGACCAUUACUGCCUGAACCUGGACAGCGGCAUGGUGAUCGACAGCUACCGCAUGGGCAACGAGGCCAGGUUCAUCAACCACAGCUGCGACCCCAACUGCGAGAUGCAGAAAUGGUCCGUCAACGGGGUCUACCGGAUCGGGCUGUACGCCCUGAAGGACAUGCCGGCCGGGACGGAGCUGACGUACGACUACAACUUCCACUCCUUCAACGUGGAGAAGCAGCAACUGUGCAAGUGCGGCUUCGAGAAGUGCCGGGGCAUCAUCGGCGGCAAGAGUCAGCGGGUGAGCGGGCUCCCCAGCAAGGGCUCGCAGCCCUCCGCCGCCCACAGGCGGUCCGGCCGUUCCAAGGAGAAGAGGAAAUCCAAGCACAAGCUCAAGAAGAGGAGAGGCCACCUGCCCGAGGAGCCCAGCGAGAACGUCAACGCCCCGGCCCCCCGGCUGACCCCCCAGCUGCUGAUGAAGCCCAUGUCCAACCGCGAGAGGAAUUUCGUCCUGCGCCGCCGCGUCUUCCUGGUGCGCAACUGGGAGCGGAUCCGGCAGAAGCAGGAGGAGCUGAAGGACCCGGACGACACCCUGGCCCCGGGGGGCCCGGCCCUCUACACCCGCUGGAGCGGCAUCUGCCGGGACGACGGCAACAUCAAGUCCGACGUGUUCAUGACGCAGUUCUCGGCCCUGCAGACGGCCCGCUCGGUGCGCACCCGGCGGCUGGCCGCGGCCGAGGAGAACAUCGAGGUGGCGCGGGCCGCCCGCCUGGCCCAGAUCUUCAAGGAGAUCUGCGACGGCAUCGUCUCCUACAAAGAUUCCUCGCGCCAGGCGCUGGCGGCCCCGCUGCUCACCCUCCCGCCGAAGAAGAAGAACGCCGAGUACUACGAGAAGAUCCUGGAACCCUUGGACCUGGCCACCAUCGAGAAGCAGAUUUUGACCGGCUACUACAAGACCGUGGAAGCUUUCGACGCGGACAUGCUCAAGGUCUUCCGCAACGCCGAGAAGUACCACGGGCGCAAGUCCCCCAUCGGGCGGGCGGUGUGCCGGCUGCGCAAGGCCUACUACAGCGCCCGGCACGAGGCGGCCGCCCAGAUCGACGAGAUCGUGGGCGAGACGGCCAGCGAGGCGGACAGCAGCGAGGCCUCCCUGUGCGAGAAGGAGAGCGGCCACGAGAAGGACGACGACGUCAUCCGCUGCGUCUGCGGCCUCUACAAGGACGAGGGCCUCAUGAUCCAGUGUGACAAGUGCAUGGUUUGGCAGCACUGCGACUGUCUGGGCGUCACCUCGGACGUGGAGCACUACCUGUGCGAACAGUGCGACCCCCGGCCCGUCGACAGGGAGGUGCCCAUGAUCCCCCGGCCCCACUACGCCCAGCCCGGCUGCGUCUACUUCAUCUGCCUGCUGCGGGAUGACUUGCUCCUGCACCAAGGCGACUGCGUCUACCUGAUGCGGGACAGUCGGCGAACCCCCGACGGGCACCCGGUGCGGCAGUCCUACCGGCUGCUGUCCCACGUCAACCGCGCCAAGCUGGACAUCUUCCGCAUCGAGAAGCUCUGGAAGAACGACAAGGAGGAGCGUUUCGCCUUCGGCCACCACUACUUCCGCCCUCACGAGACCCACCACUCCCCGUCCCGCCGCUUCUACCACAACGAGCUGUUCCGGGUGCCGCUGUACGAGAUCAUCCCCCUCGAGGCCGUGGUGGGCACCUGCUGCGUGCUCGACCUUUACACCUACUGCAAAGGCCGGCCCAAAGGCGUGAAGGAGCAGGACGUGUACAUCUGCGACUACCGGCUCGACAAGUCGGCCCACCUGUUCUACAAGAUCCACCGCAACCGCUACCCGGUGUGCACCAAGCCCUACGCCUUCGACCACUUCCCCAAGCGCCUCACGCCCAAGAGGGACUUCUCGCCUCACUACGUCCCGGACAACUACAAGCGGAACGGAGGGAGGUCGGCCUGGAAGUCCGAGCGUCCCAAGCCGCCCCUCAAGGAGCUGGGCCAGGAGGAGGAGUCGCUGCCCCCCAUGGAGGAGGUGCUGGGCGGCCGGGAGCCCGCGCCCGGCGGAGACCCGCCCGGCCAGGAGCCCGGCCAGCGGGCCGAGGCGGCCGCCCCCGCCCCCGGGGAGCCCGGCCAGGGCGACGGGAAGGCCGGGCCGCCGCCGCCGCCGGCCGAGGAGGGCGGGCGGGACGCGCCCCCGGCCUCCUCGCCCGAGGACCAGCGGCACAGCCAGCGGGAGCGCCUCAACCAGAUCCUGCUCGCCCUCCUGGACAAGAUCCCGGGGAAGAACGCCAUCGACGUGACCUACCUGCUGGAGGAGGGCUCCGGCCGGAGGCUGCGGCGGCGGACGCUGCUGAUGGCGGAGAGCGGCUUCCGGAAGUGACCGGCCCCGGGCCGUCCACCCCAGCGCCA